GCAUAACAGCGCAGUGAUUUAAAAAGAGACUAGAUUGCAUUUGGACUUUAUACUAGAGGUGUGUUUACUGUGUAUAAAUACGGUUGUUAGAUUUAUAUUGUCCUCUUUUUUUGAUUACUAAUUUGUGCUCUUUCUUGUGGAAAUUAGUAUUAAUUCAAAGAAUAAAAAUGACCAACCCAGAAGGUGAAGUUCCAAGCACUGUUCCUAAGGAACCAAUUGCCAAAGGUAAUGAAAAUGUUAUAAAAAGUGAAUUUCUGGAAAAAGUAUCAGAAAUUCCAGUUGUGAAUGCUGCAAAAGAAUACAGUACUGCUGCUUACAAUCAAGUUAAGCAAAUGAACAGGUUUACUGCUGCAGCUUUAUCUGCUGCUGAAAAUGCUGCACUUUAUUUUGCAUUGACUGCCAAACCUUUCCUGGAAAAGGUUCAGCCACAAGCCCAGGUCAUUGAUCACUUGGCUUGUACUGGAUUGGAUGCUGUCAAGGAAAAAGCUCCAUUUUUGAUGAAGCCUCCAGAAGAACUUGUGGAUGAAGCAAGGAAACUUUGCUCCUCAACAGUUGAAGCUGGCUAUCAAAAAGUUGAAGACAUCAAAAACAUUGGAACAGAAGGCUUAUCUACUGUCAAAAACUAUGGAAUCCAAAAGGCACAUGAUGCUUUGGUUGGAACUGAAGAAUUAGUUGAUCGAUUAAUUCCACCAGCAUUUGGAGAAGGCUCUAACGAGGCUGCUAUUGACAGCGAUUCAGUUCCUGAGAGAGCCAGUAAACUGACUAGUAAAAUUGGUCUUCGCUUGUAUGGUCAUGGAGUAAAACAUCUCAUUCCCAUUCAUAAAUUAAGCCAGGAAUCUGUGUCAAAGUUGCUUUACACUGUUGAGCUGAUGCAACAGUUAAAAGAGAACUACGCCAAGAAGAGUGUGCAGGAAUAUGUAGAUGAAGCAAAAAUCAAAGCUACUUGGAUCUGGGAAGAAUUGAACAAGGAGCCUGUUGAAGAGCCUGAAGCAAAAGAUGCACUCAAGAACCUUGAACAUCGAAUGCUAUCUCUUGCCCGACGAACGACCUCAAUCUUGGUUCAUGCCUACAAUGUGACAGCUGUUCCUCUCUCUUCUCUCCCAACCAAUUACCAAGAUGGUUUCCGAACAGCUAGUAAAUAUGCAACUGAACUCUUUACCCAAUUUGAUCAAGCUACCAAGGCUGGUGAAGUUACAGUUACUGUUCUCCAAGGACUCCGUAGCAAGAUCACCGAUUUGGAAAAAGUUAUCCAACGUCUGUCCUCUCACUCUGAGCAGAUUGAAAUGGAAGAUUUGGGAAAUUCUGAAGCAGCAGCAGCACAACAAUCUUGAAGCUGGAUCUUCAUGUUGAAAUGAACUUUUAAUAUCUUUUACUUUUAUCUAAUGUAUUAUACUAAUUAAAUGUUUUUUUCAUGAAA